CCCUACAGUGUACUUGUUGCCUUAUAUUUCACCUUUUAAAGUGUGCAAUAUGCAGUGCGGGCAGUGCACCUCCGUCACUGAGCAGAUUUCCACUGUAUGCCUUCAAACAGAUAGUAUAUAGGCCUAUCUUACAGACUAUGCAAGCACCACUGAUUAUUGGCUAUUGGAACAUCAGGGGGUUUGCGCAGCCCAUCAAGCUGCUUCUCAGUUACGUUGGCAGAGAAUUUGAAACAAAACAAUAUUGCCUUGGACCAGCUCCAACAUACAGUAAUAAGGCAUGGAAGAGCGUGAAAUACUCACUGGGCCUACCUUUCCCGAAUCUUCCUUAUCUAAUAGACGGUGACGUCAAGAUCGUUCAGAGCCAUGCUAUCUUAAAAUACUUCGGAAGACAGCACAAUCUCUGCGGUACCACAGAGGAGGAGCGGAUACGGAUGGACAUAAUGGAGCACCAGUUAGAGGAUACCCUGAACGCGCAUAUCUCCGUCUGCUACUCCACCUAUUUCGGACACGGAAAGCACGAGGACAGGAAGGCAGAGUACCUAAAACAUCUACCCUAUACGCUAAGACAGUAUUCGGAAUUCUUAGCCGAUCAUCCGUGGUUUGCUGGAGAAAAUAUAACAUUUGUUGACUUUAUAGCUUAUGAUCUGUUUGACAUCCAUCGCGUAUUCUCACCAGGCUGUUUAGACGGCUAUAAAAACAUAGCCGAUUACAUGGAAAAAUUUGAGGAACUCCCUGCCAUUGAAAAGUACAUGCACUCAGGCAAGUUUUUACGAAGACCUAUUUAUAACAAGCCAGCAGAUUGGCGAGGGGACUGAAAAAAUAUCAAAUAAAGAACAACUGAGAAAAAAAAACGCGGUUUGUCUGGUUGUUGAUCCAUGUAAAAACUUUUAUCUCAGGGUAAAGUUUGUCAAGAUUACACUAGAAUAAUACGUUGCAUUUACUUCAAACCUGCCAGAUUAUCCACCGCAAGAGAAAAGAAUACACGGAGGUGCAACGAAAGGGAAUGAAGAAGACCGUUAAAAGAAUGGAAUGCCAUUGCGAUAAAAUGCAUUGCGAUAACGGGGACGACAUCCAUGAAUGCUUUGGUAAUUAGGCUGCAGUUGGCAAAAAAUUAUUUGGAUUCAACAAACCAAAAUGUAAUUAUAGUGAAAUUUAUUGAAAUUAUUAUGUCCAGAUAUUGCUCAGGCAUACGGUUACAUUCAGUUAAUAUCGAAAGCUUUUGUUUGUUUCUAAAAUAAAGUCUCGAAGAACGUUGCGCAGGUA